CCCCGCGCACGCGCAAUGGCGGUGCGGGCGAUGGCGGCCAUGGCGGCGGGGCGAGCGCGGCCCGCGGUGGUGCUGGGCACGAUGGAGAUGGGCCGGCGGGCAGGGCCCGAGGCGAGCGCGGAGCUGCUCCGCGCCUUUCUGCGUCGCCGCUACCGCCUCCUUGACACUGCCUUCAUGUACGCGGGCGGAGAGUCCGAGCGCAUCCUGGGUGCGCUGCUGGCGGGAGGCACCGAGCCCGUGGAAGUGGCCACCAAGGCCAACCCCUGGGAUGGGAAGACGCUGAAGCCGGAGAGUGUGCGCUCCCAGCUGGACACAUCCCUGGAGAGGCUGAAGAGGACAAGUGUGGAGCUCUUCUACCUCCACGCUCCUGACCACGGGACUCCUGUGGAGGAGACGCUGCGCGCCUGCAACGAGCUGCACAAAGAAGGAAAGUUUAAAGAACUUGGUCUGUCAAACUAUGCAGCAUGGGAAGUGGCAGAAAUCUGCACCAUCUGCAAGUACAACAACUGGGUGAUGCCAACUGUGUACCAGGGUAUGUACAACGCGACCACCCGCCAGGUGGAGGUUGAGCUCUUCCCCUGCCUGAGGCACUUUGGGCUGCGGUUCUACGCCUACAACCCCCUGGCAGGAGGGCUCCUGACCGGCAAGUACAAGUACGAGGACAAAGACACGUGCCAGCCUGCUGGGAGAUUUUUUGGGAACGACUGGGCUCAGGCCUACAGGGACAGGUACUGGAAAAAACACAAUUUUGAGGGAAUUGCCCUAGUGGAAAAGGCUCUGAAAGAGGCUUAUGGCUCCAACUCACCCAGCCUGGCCUCAGCUGCACUGCGCUGGCUCUACAACCACUCCAAACUGCAGGGUUCUCUUGGAGAUGCAGUGAUCAUCGGGAUGUCCAACAUGGAGCAGCUAGAGCAGAACCUUAACUACAGCGAGGAGGGUCCCCUGCUCCCAGCCGUGGUGGAGGCGUUUGAUGCAGCCUGGAACAUGAAUGCCCACGACUGCCCCAACUACUUCCGUUAGGGAUUGGAGCAGGGACGGAACGCCGGCAGCGUGGGGUGCUUCCAGAGCCCUGUGCUCUGUUCUCCACCGGAGAGGUACUGCCCACCCUGCCCUUUGAGCCAUGAGCAAAUGGGUUGAGAUUUCUCCUGAAUUAAUGAAGCUUUCUAGGAUCCACAGCUGCUGUUGUGCUGGGCUGUGCCUUGGUCAUUCCUCCCUCCCAGCCCUCCAGGUCCCCAGAGCACCGUAAUUAAAGCUGCAGUUAAUCAGGAAAGUGAACACAUUAAUGGGGUGAAAACCCCAGUUCUGCUUUAAUGUGAAAUCUUAAAUAAUUACGUACAAGAAUAAAACCUCUUUCUAACACA